AUGACGACCGGUGAGAUAUUGAGAGUAUGUGAGAGAAUGUUUGAAUGUGAAGGGAGGGUGGAGUGUUGUGUGAUGGCAGUAAAGAAGAGAGUGUGGGCGGUUAUGGUUUCUCAAAUACAUCUUCCCUCGUGCUCCAAGUCUUCAACCCCCUGUUCGCUGUCACCGAUCGCAGCUGCUUCCUCGAGCUCGGCGUCCGUCGUCUUUGUCUGCUCAGCCGCGCUUCCGCCGCCGUUUGUUUGCCGUUUACGUUCGCAUUUUCGUUCGCGUUCUUCGCCGUUCACGUUCGCUCGGCGUUCACCGUUCGCGUUCACUCGCCGUUCACCGUUCGAGUUCGCAUUCGCGUUCGUCUGGAAGCCACGUUGCGCUGCUUCAAACUCUGCGACCAACCCGCGUGCUCCACCUAGCCGUCGAACUGCUCUCUUUUGUCUGCCGUCUGAACCAGAACUAGAGCAGUUCAAUGACCGGUCCGGUUUUCAGAACCUUGAUCCCCUCACUCCCUCUCUUCUCUUCGAAGUUCCAACAGCCACCAGCUCACCACCCACUAGCCACCAUUCGAAACCCAUCACUCACACUCGUUGCCGAACCCUUCUCCUCGCCGUGGGUGCCAUCGUUGCCGGUGGAAAAGUCUGCUCGGCCAUCUUCUCGACGUUCCUCCUCUCCUGGCCGUCGAACGAAGGGCUGCAUCGAGCUCCUAGCGUCUUUGUCGCGAAGGAUUGCUGGGUUCGUUGGUCGUUGUCUAUCGGAGCUCACUGUCUCUCUGUCCGAGCUCACUUUCUUGUUCAAGCUCUCUCUGUCUCUCUGUUUGAGCUCACUUUCCUUCUCCGUCGCUGUCAUUUCUGAUUCUGUCGUCACCGUCACUUCCUUUCUCCCUCGCUGCCGGUACUUCAAUUUAUUUUUGCUUGUUUUUGAAUUUUUUUUAAAUGAUACUGAUUAUGUGAUUCUGAGUUGCCGGGUUUACUAUUUUGAGUUCCUGAGGUAGUAUAAUACUGAUUCUGUGAUUCUGAGUUAUUGGGUUUACUAUUUUGAGUUGCUGAGUUAGUAUAAUACUGAUUUUGUGAUUCUGAGUUGCUGGGAUUAAUAUUCUGAAUUGCUGCUGCUUGUCUAAGUUAAUUUUUUUGAUGAUUAAUUUUGUUAGUUUCUGAUUUUCUGAUUUUGAAGAUGCAAUCAC